CUUCUUUUUUUUUUUUCUGAAAAGGGACACAAAAAACCAUACGCGUUUUAGGAUAAUGUCGGCAUAUGCAGUAUAUCAAGAGUUGUUCCCACCUCAAACUGUAGAACAGGUAGAGACAAGUCACUUCACCUCACCGGACGCGAUUAAUCUUGUGGUUGCCAAAGCUUCCCUUUUACAGAUCUAUGAGUUUGUGGAAUAUAUACCUAACACUGUCGAAGAAGACGAUGAAGACGACGUAUUAGAUGACAAUGAAUUAGUCAAUGAACGUUUGAACGAAAACGAAGACAUGACACUUACGUUUCCCAAAAUGAAGCCAUUAACGAAGAACUUUACAGAUAAGACUUCGGGAAGAUUGGAAUUAGUAGCUCAGUAUAAAUUGAAUGGCACCAUUGCAACCAUGGGUGUAGUAAAGACAACAUCCCCUCGUGGAAAGGAAGGUUGUGACAGUUUGCUUUUAGGAUUCAGCGAUGCCAAGAUGUCAUUAUUAGAAUGGUCACCUGCAACAAACUCGAUUGUCACUGUAUCUAUUCACUACUACGAACGAGACGAAUUUAAAAAAGAAUUCCUCACCAACCCAUAUCCAUCCAACAUUCAUAUUGAUCCACAACAAAGAUGUGCGGUUUUAAACUUUUACGAUAAUAAAUUAGCAGUUUUACCAUUCCGUCAAGCAGAUAAAUUAGAUGAGCGACAACCCGAUGCGGAAGAAGAAGACAAAUGGCCCUAUUCACCUAGUUUCCUAAUCGACUUAGAAACCAUUGAUCCACGUAUCAAAAAUGUCAUUGAUAUGGUAUUCUUAGCAGAUUACUAUGAACCUACAUUAGCCAUCUUGUUUCAAUCCGAGCAAACCUGGACUGGUCGCUUAGCAAGUACGAAAGAUACAGUGUCCGUUGUCGUAAUUUCAUUAGACUUAACCGCCAAAAUCUAUCCAAUUAUUUAUUCCAUCGACAAAUUACCCUAUGAUUGUAUCAAACUUGUCGCAAUGCCUAAACCCGUCACAGGUGUUCUUGUCAUUGCUGCCAAUUCACUUUUACAUGUCUCUCAAGGCUCACCCGGUGUCGGUGUAGCUGUGAACGGAUACACCAAGAAACUUACCGAAUUUCCAGGCAUGAUUUACGACGACAGUAAUAUCAAUCUAGGUCUCUCAUUGGAUGGAGCAAAAGCAUUAGCAUUUGGUGGAGAUCGGUGUCUGAUAUUUAUGCAAAAUGGAAACUGGGCCGUCGUACAAAUGAGAAUGGAUGGCAGUAAAAUUGUGGGCAUGAAUAUUGAAGAAAUUGUACAUAAAGUCAAUCUGAACCCCAAAUCCGCCACCGAUUUACCUCCUCUGGCCACUGUACCUUCCUGUGUCACGAAUAUAAAAAACGGUGAGUAUUUCUUCUUGGGCAGCCGUGUGGGUGAUUCCUUGUUGGUCAAAUGGAAGUAUAGUAAAGAAUUACUGGGCGGCAAAGCUCAAUUGCAACACGAUAGCAAUUUUACUUUCCGUGUCUGUGAUACUUUAUUGAAUACGGGACCUAUUGUGGAUAUGACCAUUGGUGAUGUCGAAAGCAAUCAAAAGACGGAAGACGAGGAUUUGCCUGUCUCUGGGAUACCUGACUUGGAACUCGUCAGUUGUUCAGGUCAUGGUCGAAACGGUGCACUUUGUGUCUUCCAACGUCACAUUCAUCCCCAAACUUCCUUUUCUUUCAACCAGUCCGACAGUCAAGCUAUCUUUUCCAUCAAAUGUCGUAAAGAGCUUCCCUUUAAUGAGACUGAGUCCAUCCACAAAACCACUAAGAAGACAUCCGAGGGUGACAACAGUCGAUGGGAGACCGUUGAAACAGACAGCGCCUUUGACGAAGCCUUUGAUAAGCUCCUGUUCAUCAGUAAAUCCAAAAGCACCAUGGUUUUAUCUGCUGGUGACGAAUUACAAGAACUUGUCAAGACUGGAUUUUAUACACGUGGUCCUACUAUUGCUGUAUGUACCCUGUUUGAUGCCACUCGUAUUGUGCAAGUGUAUGCAACAGGUGUCAUGAUCCUUACACCCGAAGGUAAACGUAUUCAUACUAUUCCCAUCCGUGGUGCCAAAAUCGUCGACGCUAGUAUUCGCGACCCUUAUAUUCUCUUGACUUUGGAGAACAACAAACUUUUAGCCUUGCAGGGUGAUCCGGUAACAAAAGAUAUUACACCCAUACAUUUACCUUCGUAUGUCUCGGCAGUUUCCAUGGCAAGUAUAUUUGCAGAUACCUCGGGCUUGUUUUCCUCUGUGGCCGAGAAAAAGGCUGCUUUGGUUGCCAAGGCCGCUGCGACUGCUGCUGCUGCCGCUGCUGCUGCUGCGAAUGCUUCAAAUACUGCUACUGGAUCCGCACACAAGAAACGUAAAGCGACAGACGAUACCACUGAUACCUCCUUAUUGAAGAAAACCAAUACUUCGCAAACCAUCGUAGCCGAAUUUGAUGAAGUGGAUAUGGAUCUUUAUGGGGAUCAGUUGGAUGCCGAUUUAGCAGUGCCAGUAGAGACGCCCAGUGUGAUUACGAACGAUAUGGACGAAGAUGACGAUGAUGAAAUGUUGUAUGGAGGAGGAGACGAUCCUAUGACACACAACGGUAUUGAUGGAAAAUCCAGCAUGAUUACAGAGGAAAUUGACGAGGUUAAUGUCAGUCUUCAGGGAGGAGGAUUAAACGAGAUCACACGUGUCAGUUUUUGGUCUGUGGUGUAUACAACUGAUGGUACUUUAAAGAUUUACAGUCUUCCUGAUUUCAAAGAGUACUUUGUAUGCCCUCAAUUUGAUAUUGCACCUGAUUUGAUUACCGAUCAUGAUCGAGAAGCACAACCCAAAGAAAAAAAGAUCAGUACCAUUAUGAAGGAAAUUGUUAUGACAAAUAUUGGUAAAGAAAGAAAAGACCCUCAUCUCGUGGCUCGUACGGAAACCGACGAUAUUAUUAUUUAUAAGGCAUUUAGUUUUGUGCCGUCGGAGACAUCAGAUCGGUUAGCUUUACGAUUCUCGCGAGUACACCAUGAAUACAUUUCAAGAAAAUCCGCGGCUUCUGUCACGGAGGAAACGAAAAAGAUGAAGAAGAAGGAGAUCAUUGAUGAAUUUGAAAUUCCAGGACCCGAUUUAGAAGAUGAGGCCAAGCGCAGUAAGAAAUACGAUACGCACCGAAAGAAGCUCUUGAUUCCGUUCAAUGAUGUGGCAGGGUAUGCAGGUGUCUUUGUGGCAGGUCCUCAACCCGCUUGGUUAUUAUGCUCCUGCAAAAGUUUUGUUCGUGUGCAUCCGAUGAAGACCGAAAAUGAGGUGAUUGGUUUUACUCAGUUCCAUAACGUCAAUUGUAAACAUGGUUUUAUUACCGUGGAUUCAAAGGCUGUCAUUCGUUUAUCUGGCUUACGCACAAACGGGGUCAUUUACGAUUUGGAUUGGGUGAUGCAAAAGAUUCCUUUGGGCCAAACUGUACAUAAAAUCCAAUACCAUCCCGUCAUGAAGGUCUAUGCUGUCCUGGUUUCAACUGAGGCUCCUGUGCGUCUACAGAACGAAGACGAGGUAGAAGGUGAAACUCCUGUUCAUGAGGAGCGAGAACCCGGGGAGUUUCUACCCCAGGUUGACAAGUUUUCGAUGAUCAUGGUGUCUCCCGUUACCUGGGAAACCGUAGAUGAAGUGGAGUUUGAAGAAUUCGAACAAUGUUUCUCCUUACAAUGUGCUGCCCUCGAGUCAAAACAAACAAGCACCGGUAGAAAGUACUUUAUGGUGGUAGGCACUGGUUGUCUUCGCGGUGAGGAUACAACCAUGCGUGGGUCUAUCCGUAUUUUUGAUAUCAUUGAGGUUGUGCCUGAACCUAAUAACCCUCAAACCAACCAUAAAUUCAAACACUUGCAUACAGAAGAUGUUAAGGGUGCUGUUACUGCCAUGUGUAAUAUCAGUGGUCAUUUAGCUUCCUGCAUUGGUUCAAAGGUAAUUGUGUGGAGUCUAGAGGAUGAUGAGAGUCUUGUGGGUGUCGCUUUUAUCGAUGUACAAAUUUAUGUGACGAGUAUGAGCUCCAUCAAAAACUUUAUCUUACUAGGUGACGCACAAAAGUCCAUCUGGUUUUUGGGAUUUCAGCUCGAGCCAGCCAAGCUAUCAUUAUUAGGAAAAGAUUACCAAUCUUUUGAAGUUGGUUGUGUUGAUUUCAUUAUUGAUGACAAGUCUUUAUACCUAGUUGUGGGUGACACAAGCGAAAACCUGGAUUUAUAUCAAUAUGCACCCUUUAGUAAAGUAUAACACAAAAUGAAACAUGGACAAGAUAAUCUAAUCAAUUAUU